UAUAAUGUUGGUGAAGAUAUAAAGAUUAAACUGCAACUCUAUAAUGGAUAUGGUGACAAGGUUAAACGCGGUGGUGAUGACAUACGAAUAAGAAUUUAUGAAAGAAUUAUAAUGGAAGAAUUUUCGGAAUUUCGUGAGCGAGUUGUAUAUCUAAAUAUUUGGGAUAUGAAUAUGUCGUUAAUCAACCCAUAA